CAUGGCCCGCGCCGCGCGACAUGGCGGCCACGUACCUGCUCGAGACGCAGGAACAUUUCAAAUCCAACGGCCGCACCAAGGAGUUCUCGGCGCACGCCGCCAAGGUGCACUCGGUGGCCUGGAGCUGCGACGGCCGCAGGCUCGCCUCCGGCUCCUUCGACAAGACGGCCAGCGUCUUCGUGUUGGAGAAGGACAGGCUGGUUAAGGAGAAUAACUAUCGUGGUCACGGUGAUAGCGUAGACCAACUCUGUUGGCAUCCUACCAAUGCAGACCUUUUUGUGACUGCUUCUGGUGAUAAAACUGUACGAAUCUGGGAUGUCAGAACUACAAAAUGUGUUGCUACUGUCAACACAAAAGGUGAGAAUAUUAACAUCUGUUGGAGUCCUGAUGGCCAAACAAUUGCUGUAGGAAACAAGGACGAUGUGGUAACUUUCAUUGAUGCAAAAUCACACCGAUCGAGGGCUGAAGAACAGUUUAAGUUUGAAGUAAAUGAGAUCUCUUGGAACAAUGAUAAUGAUAUGUUUUUCCUAACCAAUGGCAAUGGCUGCAUCAACUUACUCAGUUAUCCAGAGUUGAAACCUAUUCAGUCAAUCAAUGCACAUCCCUCGAACUGCAUUUGCAUUAAAUUUGAUCCAACAGGCAAAUAUUUUGCUACAGGAAGUGCUGAUGCACUGGUCAGCCUUUGGAGUGUGGAUGAACUUGUGUGUGUAAGAUGCUUCUCCAGACUUGACUGGCCUGUAAGAACGUUAAGCUUCAGCCAUGAUGGGAAAAUGCUAGCAUCAGCUUCUGAGGAUCACUUCAUAGACAUUGCAGAAGUGGAAACUGGUGAAAAGCUAUGGGAGGUGCAGUGUGACUCACCUACUUUUACUGUAGCAUGGCAUCCGAAGCGACCACUCUUGGCUUUUGCUUGUGAUGACAAAGAUGGCAAGUAUGAUAACAGUCGGGAAGCUGGAACUGUUAAACUUUUUGGACUCCCUAAUGAUUCGUGAUACAAUACUCCCAAACUUAAGUGCAGUUGCUCAACAGUGUGCAGAGUGAAACAUGCAAAAACUACUUUGGACUCAAACUUGAUUGGUUUCAUUUUUGGAAGAUCUUUGUAGAAAAAGAAUUUUUUAUUGUUCUUUUUACAAUGAUGCGAGUGUAUUUUGAAUUUGUAUGCUCAUACUAUAGUUCUCCACUUAAUGUGGAAAUGUAUUAUUCAUGAAUGUUCCUGGACAAAUUUGAUGCAAAUAAAACUUUUGUAAUUAAUGUGCAAAUGUGUUGUUGAAAAAAAUUGCAGGCAAACUUAGUAUUUCACUAAAAUAUGUGGAGUAGAAAUUAACUGUUGAAUAUUUUCUACACAUGAAAUGCCAUAUACAAGAUAUCUAAUGCACAGUUGAUUUAUUUGUUGUGUGUUCAAUUUCUUAUUUGGGCUGUAAAAGGUUAUUUCACAGGAAUUUUAAGUGCAGAAGAGGGUGGUCAUUUGGCAACCAAGCUAUUGAAUGUUAAAUUUGCAACUUAUCACAUCAUUGAACUUUUUCAUGAAUUACUUAAGUUUUUGCUUUUACUAGUCCAUUCCAAAAAAAAGUCUUGCUGAAAUGGUUUAACUUGAUAUAGAUGUAUUAGAUGACAAUGUUCUAGAAAUAUAUUAAUGGGGCCCUUGUCCUAAAUUCACUCUUUGACACAUUGGUUUACAUUCGAUUGUUUUAUAGCUACAGUGCUCAUCAGGUAUCAACUUGAUACCAUCGGAGCAGUUUUUGACAUUUUGGGGAAGGUUUUACUCAUUGCAUGUAAAGCCACAACCUUAUAGCUAAGGGGUAAUAAAAUAGGAUAGGUGUAAAAUUGACACCAGUUAUCAAAUCAAAGGGGCACCAGGAUUUUCAAAGAGAUGCAAAAGACAGCUUUUGGCAUUUUGUUCAUGGAUUCUGUAUGAUAUUGGCCUGAAAUGUGCCUGCUUGUUGUUUUAUAAAAAGAUGUCAACUCAAACAUUUGGCAAUAACCUGACUUCUUAAGGUUAAGAAUAAACUUUUGGAUUUACUUGUUUUGCAUAA